GGCCUCAAACACCCAGAGCACCAGACGUCCACCAAUGGCUUUGCGUGAACCCCCCAUCUCGAGGGCUCACAUGGCCGUGAAUAAAUGCGCCCCAAUCUUUGCUGCGUGGUGGAUGGUUCGCAGCUUCUGCCCCGAGUUCCACAGCGUAGACGAGCAUAACUGGCUUGGUGUGCGAGGUGGCCUCGGACGAAGUGCGAUCGACAUGUACAAGUAUGUACACCACCGACUCUCUCGAUCACGCCGAAUCGCACACUGUACUACCAGCCUGGCCCCAAGCAUGCACUCGGACAGGUAAUCUACGGCGAGAGAACAAGAUCCAUGGCAAAUCACACGCUAGCCUCCAAUGCUGUUAUAAACUCCGUAAGAGCAUCAAGUCAAGAGAGACAAAAAUUUCAUGGGCUUCGGAAGCACACCACCCGGAAGAUCCACUAGUAAAAGUACUGCAUCUACUCCACAGCAAGUUGAUUCUGUACUGUGCAUCUGGGGAUAAGGGCCCUGGACGGCCUCGGAAGAGGAUGCCUUUGGGUUUAUUCCCACUCGUGGAUGUAGCUCGGCUUUGUUCCUGGAGAGCUGUCAUUUCUCCCCCCUGCCUUGGUGUAAAAUAUUACCAGUCACUCAGCAAUCUUAAAAGCAAGGAUAGAGUCGUAAUCGAAUUAUUAAUUUGAUCAGUCAAGUUGCUCAGAUGGACUCUUUUCUCUCCGACAGUGCGAGACCCGACCUGACUGGCUGACUGACUGACUCGAAGCUGUCAUGCAUGUCUUCGUACUAGGGACCUGUUUGGAGCCAGCCUUGGACGAGCUGGACUGGAGAGCUGCGCGUAUCCGCAUCAGGAUGGGUGGACGCUAGUUGCCCUUUCAAAGAGGUCAAGUACAGUAGCAUUAGUCGUACGCGGAAAAUAGCCUACUUUUUACCUUACUGGCGAGAUCGGG